AGGGCAGAGGGGACACCCAGGGUGGGCAUGAGGCACCAGACCAGGCCCCGGGCCCCCAGCCCGGUGUGCACAGCUCAGCCUUUCGGAUGGCGUCUGCUCCCCCCACUGGAGCCCGGAGCGGCUGUGCUGGGGAAGACCCCGCUCUGCAAGACCCUGCUCUGCUGGUCUAGACCACGGGGCGCACACAGGGCUGCACAGGGCACAGGGCUGGUAUGGCUUCCCAGGGCUGCAGAAACAUGCUCCCCAACUGGGGGUAAAAGACACGGAACUGACGGUCUCCCGGAUGUGGAGGCUGGAAGUCUGAUCCAGGUGUUCGGUGGGGGUGGGCGGAGGGCUGGCUUCCUCCGAGGCCCUGGGGCAGGUCCUACCCGUCUUGGCACUCACCUCGUCUCGGGUGGCCAGCUGUCCUGGGUGCCCCUUGGCGUGGGCACCCAUCGGUCAGCACCGACCUCUUCCCUGUGGGUCUGUCUCCUGAUGACCCUUGGUGGGCACUGAACGCAGGGCCCAGUCUCGUCCAGUACGGCUCCCUAGUCUGCAAAAGCCGCAUUCCCAGGUCCCAGGGAUCCGGGUGCAGACCUGUCUUGCUGGGUCCAACCACAGCCCCCCUGUGUGGGAAGCUCCUCGGAGUUGGGGGCGGAGCCUGCACCUGACCCCACGAAGUACUUUCCCUGCUGCCACACGGCCCCGGCCGACCUGUCACACGAGGUGGCAUUUCCCGAGAAGUGUUUGGGCAGGGCCAUGGUGCAGGCCCCUGCCACCAGAAGUCACAGCUUUGCUCUUCAGUCACAGGGAGGCACCCUGCCCACGGACUCAGAGCACGGCCAGCCAGCCGCCGGCGGGGACAACACACCACUGCUGGAACCCCAGGGCCCAGCCAGGGUGCCCUCUAAGGACCCUGAGGGAGGGGCGGAGCUGCAGGAGGUGGUGCUCACGGGAGGCGGGGCCUCCCCGGAGCAGGCGCUGCAGACCCCGGUUCCCUCGGCCCCCGGGGGCCCGGACCAGGCUGGGGCUGCAGCCCCCCUCCACGCCCUGGAGCAGCAAUACAAACAAAAGUACGUUUUGAAGGACGGGUCCCCUGAGGCCACGAACAGGAUCUACUUCGAAUUCGGGCAGGAGGUUCCCAAAAGUCACUGGAGGAUGUUCAUGAGGUUGGCGGGGCUGGAGGAGAACGACAUUGUCAUUUGUGAGCACGAGAACCCGGGGAACCUGCCGGAGCAGCACCACAGGAUGCUGCUGCGCUGGCAGAGCAAGCUGGGGCGGGCGGCGACCCCGUUCAGGCUCAUGGCAGCCCUCUGUAAGAUGCAACUGCGGGAAUGUCUGGAAAAUAUUAUAAACAAGCUGGCUGCGGAGGAUAUCUUAGGUAGUAAGGAUGCAGAGCCCCCGAACUAGUCAGCCUUUUUAGCAACGGCUGUGACUUAGCGGCAUCCUGGGGUCUGGCCUCCCCCAGGUCCCUUCCUGUGGGCGCCUUCACAGAUCCCAGAUGGGAUGGAGCCCCUCCAUGUCCAAGUAGCCUCUACGGGAAGCUUCUUCUGGGGGGCCCUUUGCCUGCGGCCCAUAUGGCCCACGGGCUGCCAUCAGGGGACUCCAGGGGCCUGAGCUGCUCAGGGAGGACCCGCUGGGUGUACUCAGUGGGCCCACGAGCCGUGGCCUCCUCACGGACACAGGCCAGGAGGGCUGGCUGGUCAUCUGUGUGACCCCAGUAGCUCACUCCUUGUUCUCCCAGGCACUGCGUUGUCUCUGGGCUUCUACUUGGGAGUGCCAUACCUGGGUGACACUUAUAAGUCAGUUCACAACAGACAAACCAGCGGCUACUCUAGCUGUCACUAGGUCAGCUGGGGUGGGGCAUGGGGACAGUUAUUGUCACAUGCCAGCUAUAGAAGCCUUUGUCCAGUUCUCUAAAUGUUUAAGCAUUCGUGAUUUUUCUAGUUUUAUUGAAGUGGUGAAACUUCUCUCCCAUAGCAUUUUUACAUGUUUGUAUAACUUUUUUCACCCAGUAAAAUUUAUAUUCUAAA